AAUUGCCGUAAAGCAGCGUGAUUUGUGGCUGCCGAAAAGCAAUUCGUUGCACAGAAGCGUGGUUAUCUGCUGUUAAACGUCACGCAAGAUAAUACAGUUCUACCUUGAAGUUAUUUGUAAACGUACUCAUUUAAAUCAUGGCACUUUAUAUGAAAGCAGCAGAGAUUCUCGAUAAAGUGGAGCAAAAGAAGGGUGCUGUGAAAACUCUGGUGUACGACAGUAAAUUUCAGAAUAUUAAACAACUUUUUGCCCUCGUGUGUGAAACCCAGAAAUAUUCUUUGGUGCUUCAGGAGAUUGUAGAAAACACCAGGCUUCUGAAAGACACCAACCUCCGAAAUAAUUUAGCGAAGGUUCUGGUUUAUGACUUGCUCAUUGGCCAAGGCUUAAAAUGUGGUGGAAGCUGGAAGGCAAUGAUGUUGAAGCACCAAUCCAGAUUACAAGCUGCUUUGGCUCGAAUUAAAGUCAAACGCAAAGUCAGUCGAAAUCAGGACCUGCUUCCUCCUAGUGUACAGCACAAAGGUUCAGAUAUCCCACGAUAUGUACGUGUUAACACAUUGAAAACAACUGUGGAGGAUGUCAUUGACUACCUGAAGAGAGAGGGAUAUUCAUAUUAUGGAACAGCAAACCAGCUUGAGGAUUUGUGCUCUGUCUCUGGGAAGAUUUUUAUGAGUGAUCUUCACUUCAGAGACAUUCUGGUUUUCAGUGCGAAAAUGGACUUCCAUGAUCAUUUCUUGUAUAAAGCAGGACACAUUAUCUUGCAAGACAAGGCCAGCUGUCUCCCUGCAUAUCUCCUGGACCCUCCAGUUGGAGGCCAUGUGAUUGAUGCUUGUGCAGCUCCUGGGAAUAAAACCAGCCAUCUGGCAGCUAUCAUGAAAAAUAAAGGCAAGCUGUUUGCCUUCGACCUUGAUGCAAAGCGACUCUCCACCAUGAGCACUCUCCUCCUUCGUGCUGGAGUCACAUGCCAUCGUUUGGCCAAUGAGGAUUUUCUUAAGGUGGAUCCACUUUCCCCAGCAUACAAGGAUGUCAAACACAUCCUUCUUGAUCCAUCUUGCAGUGGUUCAGGAAUGGUUUGUCUGCAUGAUGGUAGCUCAGAGGAGCAGGAACAAGAACCUGAGCGUCUAAAGGCAUUGGCUGCAUUUCAGCUGCGCUGCCUGAACCAUGCACUGAAGUUCCCAAAGCUCCAGCGGCUUGUCUACUCCACCUGCUCCAUCCAUCCACAGGAGAAUGAGGAAGUUGUGUCUCUUUGUUUAGAGAAAAAUCCUGAUUUUAGACUAAUUCAUCUUCUUCCUGAGUGGCCUGAGCGAGGACAGGACCCACUGACAGAGUGUCUUCGAGCCAGCACUACAAAAACCUACACGCAUGGAUUCUUUGUAGCCAUGCUAGUAAGGCAGGCUACUCCAAACACUGAGAGUUCUUCUAAACAGCCCCCUGCCAUAAAUGAGCCUUCUGUUGUUGUCGAUGAGCAGACGGAGGUAUCUGUGGAAGAUGAUCAGCCUCCUGCAGCAAAGAAAAGAAGGAAUAGAAAGAAACCCAAAAAGCAAAAAACCUAAAAUGUUCACUUAUAAAUAUGAAAUGAUAGUUUUAUAAAAUAUGUAUGAUGUAUGAUGAUAUUUGUUGAAUGUUUGAGUAAGCCUAAAGGAGUCUCAGUUUUCAUUAAAAAAGGCUUUGUGGGAACAUAGACUGGGUUUGACAUCUUUGUGAAUCCUGGUGAUUAACCAAACAAAACUUUAUAUCAAAUCUAUUUCCAGGUCAAGUUAUAAUUAAACAUGCAAAGGAAUCUGUCCUUGUUAAACAGCAAUCCAAGCAAAGACACUUUUACAGUUUUAUUGAAAACCAGCACAUAUCAACAGAAGAGACAUUUAUUUUAAAAUGCUGCUCCAUGUCUCUCACACGCACUCUUCCAGGCAUUAACUUUACAUACACUCAUGUGCUACUCUCUACAGUUGGAAAACACGCAAUACAGCAUCUAAUCACAUACAAACAUACAUAGUGAGAAAUCCAGCUCUCAGUAUAACUCAUUUGCUCACAGUCUACUUAUGUGCCAUGUUCAGUUUGUUUGUUAGGGCUCCUUAAUGUAAAAUCUGGUCCCCUGCUGUUUACCCACUCAAUAGCUUUUAAUUAUUUACAGUCUAACAAAAGGAGUACCAUACUAAAAACUAAUGUGACCAUGCAAAUGUAUACAGCAAAGAAAUGACUGUUUCUACCAAGACUGAUCAAUGAGAAUGGGAAAACCUUUCCAAAUGUGUAUCCUGAAAUGACUCGUGCUCAGGUCAUAAACAAACACAAAUGGCUUUAUAACAAUGUAUACACAUAUCUAGCAAUCUAGCAAAAAGUCUGAAAAUACACACCUGAGAUUUUUUAAACAGAUGAUUAGCUCUUUUGUUCAUAGCAACUGACAUUUGCAAGAUAAGAAUUAAAAUACUUUGUUGAGCUUUCUGGCUUCAGACCAUCCUGUAGGAAUGACAGUAGUUCUAGCACUAUCCUAAAAAUCAACAAAAGGUAAUAUUUUUCACUCAUGCACAAGCUAUAGCAUACUUACAUAGCUUAGCCUAGAGCAAGGUGCAUGCAUUAAAAUGUACCCACACUUGUCUGAAAUCUGCAUUUAAAAUAAAUACAUUCAUUCCGAAUGCUUUCACUUGUCA